AUCAUCACUUCCUUAACAUUUUCGAUAAAAACACUUAUUUCCAUCUUCCUCUUCUGUUGGUCUACUAUUGUGGGGUACAAAGCCUUUCAUGAUUUUGUUCUACAAUUCUAGACCCUAUUUGACUUUCUUUCACCUUUGUCUCCUUCCUAAUAAGGGUGGAGGGCCCUGAAGAAACAAAUUGGUGUGGGGCAUUUUGUCUUGCAUGAAGUGAGGUUGUUUUAGGGUUUCUUUCUAUUAAAGUCAACUACUAAAUAAUGGAGAAAGAUAACGACUAUACGACACCAGGUUUCAACACACUUGACUACACACAAGAUCAACAACAAUAUGAACAACUUAUGAAGUAUCGAGUUGGCGAAACUUCGGGCGAAAACAACGGGAUGGUGGUGGAUAAUUACAUGCCUCAAACACAAACUGCUGGAGGUUUUUAUGGUGCAAAUAAUUCUUUUGAUAAAAUGAGUUUUGCAGAUGUGAUGCAGUUUGCAGCUUUAAACCGGGAAGAAUCUGAUCCGGUAUAUUUCAUGAAGUUUCCUGUCUUGAACAACAAGAUGGAAAAUGAAAACUUGAUUUUUAGUGGUGGUGAUGGGAUAGGAGAAAAUGAAUCAAGAGAUGAUCGUCAACAAGAUCAGUACGAAGAAAUAAAUCGAGUUUCUGAGGAGAACAACAACGUUUCGGUGCAAGUAGUACAAGAGAACAAUAAGAAGAGGAAGAGACCAAGAAGUGUUAAGACAAGUGAAGAAGUUGAGAGUCAAAGAAUGACUCACAUCGCAGUUGAAAGGAAUCGAAGGAAGCAAAUGAAUGAGCAUCUUCGUGUCCUUAGAUCUCUCAUGCCUGGUUCAUACGUCCAAAGGGGUGAUCAAGCUUCAAUAAUUGGGGGAGCAAUAGAGUUUGUGAGGGAAUUGGAACAACUUCUUCAAUGUUUAGAAUCACAAAAGAGAAGGAGAUUACUAGGAGAAGCACAAUCAAAACAAGUUGAGGAUUCAGCUCCAUUUUUUCCAGCAACUAAUUUACCAACAAAUGAUCAGAUGAAGCUAGUUGAGAUAGAAACUGGACUAGAAGAAGAAACAGCAGAGAGUAAGUCAUGUUUGGCUGAUGUAGAAGUGAAACUUCUUGGAUUUGAUGCAAUGAUUAAAAUCCUAUCAAAGAGAAGGCCAGGACAGUUGAUCAAGAUCAUUGCUGCUCUUGAAGAUAUGCAGCUUAUUAUCCUUCACACCAACAUCACCACCAUUGAACAAACGGUUCUUUAUUCAUUCAAUGUUAAGGUAGCUAGUGAUACAAGGUUCACAGCAGAAGAUAUAGCAAGCUCCGUUCAGCAGAUACUAAGUUUUAUUCAUGCAAACACCACCACCAUGUGAUUAUUAUUAAUAAGCUAUUAUAUGUGUCAAAAAAAGAAAUUAAUAAGUUAUUAUAUAUAUUGUUGUAUUUGUAUGAUACCUAUACUCUUGUCUUUAUAUUUAAUUUAAUGAUGAUAUAAUAAUAUAUAGAUAA